GGAGUUCUGAAGUCACAGAGAAAUGGAAUCUCUAAGUGAAGUGAAUAACCCUAUACCAUCCAACUUGAAAUCAGAAGCAAAAAAAGCUGCUAAAAUAUUGAGAGAAUUCACAGAAAUAACUUCUAGAAAUGGACCUGAUAAGAUCAUUCCUGCCCAUGUAAUUGCCAAGGCUAAAGGACUUGCCAUCCUAUCAGUGAUAAAAGCUGGAUUUCUGGUCACUGCUCGAGGAGGCAGUGGGAUUGUAUUGGCUCGUCUUCCAGAUGGAAAGUGGUCUGCACCUUCUGCCAUUGGAAUAGCUGGACUUGGUGGUGGAUUUGAAAUUGGGAUUGAGGUGUCAGAUUUAGUAAUAAUAUUGAAUUAUGACAGAGCUGUAGAAGCUUUUGCAAAAGGUGGUAACCUUACACUUGGUGGGAAUUUUACUGUGGCUGUUGGACCUUUGGGAAGGAAUUUAGAAGGAAAUGUUGCAAUCCGAAGCUCAGCUGCUGUCUACACAUAUUGCAAGUCACGGGGUUUGUUUGCUGGAGUAUCAUUAGAAGGAAGCUGCUUGAUUGAGAGGAAAGAAACAAAUCGAAAGUUUUACUGUCAGGAUGUUCGUGCCAGUGACAUUUUAUUUGGAGACAUGCCACAGCCAGCUCAAGCAGAAGAUCUUUAUGAAAUCCUUGACUCCUUUACUGAAAAAUAUGAAAAAGAAGAGCAACGAAUUAAUGAACGAAAAACAGCAAGGGAACAGAGGAAGGCUUCUCCUAAAGACUCACCUCUCAGACCAUCUUCCAGGCCAAAACAACCACCUGCACCUCUCCAGUCAAACUCAGACUCAGAAGGUAGCAGAAAGCUUUAUCCCAAACUUCCCAGUUAUCAGGACUCUGUUGGCAGUUCCAGUCGUCCAGUAGAAGUGACAGCACUGUAUUCUUUUGAAGGGCAGCAACCAGGGGAUUUGAAAUUCCAAGCUGGAGACCGGAUCACAGUUAUUUCCAAAACAAAUUCACAUUUUGAUUGGUGGGAGGGAAGACUUCGUGGUCAAACUGGCAUUUUUCCAGCCAAUUAUGUUUCAGUGGAUUAAGUAUCAUUCAUGUCUCUUUUCUUUAGUAAAAUAAAUAAAAACCAGUCACUAUCCUCA